AGUGCCGAAGAGAGGAGAGGCAUCACCUCCCUCAGGUGCUGGCAGCCUUUGGCCUGAGGCAGGCGCGGACGGCAGUGACCUUCUGUGCUCCGAGGGCCAAUUUCUGGGCGCGCUGGCCACGAAGCGCUCGGGCCCGUGUGGCAGAAGGCGCUCCCGAAGCGCCAUCAGAGCAGCGCCGCUCUGUGCGCGGGCCCGGCCGCGGCCGGCGCUGCCCGUGCCCGGCGGGGCCGCGGGCCCGGGCCCGGGGCGGGAGUGUCGGGGCGGGCAGAGGCGGCGGCGCUGCCCCGGCGAGGCGGGGCCGGGCGGGAGCGGCCCGAGCGCGGCCCCGCUCGGCUCCUGUGCGGCUGCCGCGGAGCCGGGGCCGGGCACGAUGGCGGCAGGGCCGGGGCCGUGGCUGCUGGCCUUGGCCUUGGCCGUGUGGCCCGCAGGGCUCCGGGCACAGCCGAGGCUGCAGGAGGCCGGCGGAGGGCUGCGAGCGGCCGGGGACUCCGUCACCCUGUCCUGCCACGGGUCCGGAUUCCCCUUUGGUUAUUAUGAUGUUUGGUGGUACCGUCAGGCUCCCGGAGGCAGCCUGGAGUGGGUGUCCUUUAUCAGCACUUCUUCCUCUGUCAAGCAAAGUGCACGAGCGAUGGAGGGUCGAGCCUUGGUGUCCAGAGACAAUUCCCGGUCCAAGUCAUGGUUGGCCCUGCGGGCCCUGGGCCCCCAGGACUCUGCCCGGUACUUCUGUGCUGUGCUUGUGUGGACAAAUAAGCUUAUAUUUGGACCAGGGACGACUCUCACAGUUCUACCAAACAUUCGAAACACUUCUGUCCCUCAAGUCAUUGUGAUGAAAUCCAAGAAAUUCGAAGAAGGUGGCAGCAUGGGGAAAGCAGCUUGUUUGGCAAGGAACUUCCUUACAAAGGACAUCAGCUUGGAGAUGCCCUCUAAGGAGGUCGUAUAUAAACAGAGCACGUCCAUUUUGACAUCAGAGGGGUUGUACAAUGCAAUCAAAGUGGUCAAUGUGACAAAAGACACAGAGGUGACCUGCACGGCCAAAUUUGAAAACAGCACAAUAACAACACAGCCAGAAGAGGAGGCUGAAGAACCAGGAACAUGGGCAAGUGAGAGGGUUUGCAACAGCACAGAGCCCUCAGCACAAGAUGCUGAAGGGCACAGAGUGAACAUGCUGUCCAUGGCUGUGUUGGGUUUGCGAGUCCUGCUGGCAAAGACCAUUGCCUUCAACACCCUCAUGAGUAUCAAGUUGUUUCUUUCCUGAGACAUGGGGAAUGAAGGCAAGAGGAACCCGAAGAAGAGCAGCAAAGAACGUGAACCUGCAGCACAAGGGGCUUGAACAAGCAGGGCAGAGCUGCUGACAGAAACCAGCCAGGACACAAGGCAGCCCCUUCUCCUGAAGACAUUGAUCACUCAUCACUCCUGCCUGGCCAGUUGAUUGACACUGGAGAGUUUUAAGUGCUUUUGCUGUUUCCUCUCCUCUGAGAACUGAGGAGAGUGCAUUUAUCCUCAUGCUCCUGCUAAGCAGAUCUCCUCACUCGUCUGGUAUUUGCACACAAGUGUCCAGUCUGCUUCAACAGCUUUGGAAACUCCAAUGUUCACUCUACAUACUUGGCCUUUUAAAAGCACCUUACCCUGGCAUGUUGUGUUCCUGCCUGUGCAACUGGAGCAUUACUGCAGAGGGAAUUCAAGGCCAGUAGUUGCCAUUUGUAACUUUGGGUUAGAUUUAAAAACAAAAAGUGUAUAUUGAAGAUGAGAAGAGCUGUGUAGGAUCUGAAGUGAUUCAAUUCAUCCAGAUAAUGUUCAUCUCUUUAAGAAGCCUGUAAUUCUUCUGCCAGAUAUCUCUUAUGUGCAUUUUAGGUUUCGGCAGUAAUGAUGAAAAUAA